GAGAGAGACAUGGCUCCAUCACCGCUCUGCUGGCUGCUGAUCGUCAUCACCAUAAACUCUGCUGACGGAUUCAGAAAUUGUCAUGUGAGUCUUUGUGCCUUUAACUCCACUGAGCUGACAGACAUCCAGUUCAUCAGCUCCUACAUUUACAACAAGAUAGAGUAUCUCAGGUUUGACAGCAACCUGGGGAAGUUUGUUGGAUACACGGAGUUUGGAGUGAAGACUGCUGAACGGUGGAACAGGGAUCCUUCAUCUAUAGCAUCGAUGAGAGCUCAGAAGGAGACCUACUGCCAAUACAACAUUGGUGUCGAGUACCAGAAUGUUCUGACUAAAUCAGUCGCACCUACCGUCACGCUUCACUCCAGGACGCCCCCUGCUGGCCACCACCCCUCCAUGCUGGUCUGCAGUGUUUAUGAUUUUUACCCUAAAACCAUCGAGGUCGGGUGGCUGAGAGAUGGACAGGAAGUGACAUCAGACGUCACCACCACUGACGAGAUGGAGGACGGAGACUGGUACUACCAGAUCCACUCCACGCUGGAGUACACGCCCAGACCUGGAGAGCGGAUCUCCUGCAGGGUGGAACAUGCCAGCCUGAAGGAGCCUCUGAUAACCGAAUGGGACCCGUCCAUGCCAGAGUCAGAGAGGAACAAGCUGAUCAUCGGAGCUUCGGGAAUGGUCCUGGGUUUGAUCCUGUCUCUGGCUGGAUACAUCUACUACAAAACGAAGCCCAGAGACAUAUCCCUGGUGGCUAAAGCUAUCCAAGACAGCACCGUCCCACCACCUGAACCCAUGGCGGUCAGCGGAGAUCCAACCAACUACCUCAAAUGGAAAGAUUCAUUCGUCUCACUGGUGGACUGGAAAAGCAUAUCUCCUGCUGAUAAACUGCAUCUACUAAAAAGGUUGGGAAGAAAAUACCUGUCAUCUUGGUGCAGCGACCCAGAUGAAGAUUACAAGUUCCGGAUGGACAAAGAUGACCUGAAAAAAAGGAUUGUAUGAUGAACAUGUUAAAAAAUAAAAAAAAUAAAAAAAAUAAAAAAAAUAAACAAAAUAAACGUAUUAAGUCAUCUGCUAUGACUCCUACACUGAAAAUGUGAAACACGUGGUGUUAGUACAUUUCUUUUUAGUGUGUUUGUAUUCCUUAGACUGAAUUUUUUUUUUUUUUGCAUUUUUAUUGUUCAUUUUUAAUUUUCUUUUCUUCUCUUCUUUAGAUUUUAGGUAGCUCACACAUAUGUAAGAAUGAUAAACAGCAGGGGAAUGUUAGGAUUUGUAUGUAUUAUCACUCUUACAUUAGUAAAGCUUCAGCUUUUUACUGUGUGUGUUGGAAACUUUUGACCCUCUAAUGAUAUGUACCAUUACUGGCUAACGCUCAUGCACUAGUGUUCUUCUUCUUCUUCUCUUCUAUUAUGGCGGAUCGCAAGCAACUUUGACAUGCAUACCACCACCUACUGUACACGAGUGUGUAGCAACAUUUCUUUACAUCUGUUACAUUCUAUUUUUUAAUCUUGUAUUUUGAAGAAAAAUAAAUCAUGGUUUUCUUAAUCUAUAAAUAUCCAUUAUGUUUCCUUCAUUUCCUAAUAUUCCUUUAUGACUCCAUUCUUGACCUGUCCUUCCAACCAUUCUUUUCAAAUUCUCCCUUUCAGAUUCAUAUGUUCUACAGUUCAUCAAUACAUGUCCUACAUUUUCUUUCUCUCCACAUCCUUCACAUGU